UUUAUGGAUUAAUAAGAAGAAUAAACAAAUAAUACUGUGACUUUUAAAAAUCUUGGUGUUUGUGAAGAAUUAUGUUUAGCAUGUGAAAAAUUAGGAUAUAAAACACCUACACCAAUCUAAUAAUAAUCAUUGCCCUAUACUUUAUAAAAAGUAAUGCAAUAUAAAAUUUUUAGAAAGACAUUAUAGGUUUAGCAGAGACUGGUUCAGGAAAGACUUUAGCUUUUGGACUUCCAAUAUUGUAACAUUUAUUAGCAAAUCCGUAACCAUACUAUGCUUUAAUUUUAUCUCCAACAAGAGAGUUAUGUGUUCAAAUUUAAGAACACUUUUAAGCUAUUGGAGCUACUAUAGCAUUAAAAUCAGUAGUUAUUUUGGGAGGAAUGGAUCCUUUAGCUUAAGCAAAAGCUCUAGCAUAAAAACCACAUAUUAUUAUUGGGACUCCAGGAAAAAUUCUAUACCAUUUAGAAAAUACUAAAGGAUUUAAUCUAAAACAAUUAAAGUUUCUAGUCUUAGAUGAAGCUGAUAAAUUGUUAAAUAUGGAUUUUGAAAGGGAAAUUAAUGCAAUUUUGGACAUCAUACCUAAAGAAAGAAAUACUUAUUUAUUUUCAGCUACAAUGACAAAUAAGGUAAGUAAAUUAUAAAGAGCUUCAUUAAAAGAUCCUGUUAAAAUAGAAGUUUCUACAAAAUAUUAAACUGUAUCAACACUUCAAUAAAAUUAUCUUUUCAUUCCUGAUAAAUAUAAGGAAACUUAUUUAGUGUAUUUGCUAAAUGAUUUAGCAGGAAACACUUCAAUUGUAUUUGUUGCAACAUGCUAAAUGGCAAUCAAGUUAACUUUAUUAUUGAGAAAUCUUGGAUUCUAAGCAAUAGCUAUACAUGGUUAAAUGAGUUAAACUAAGAGAUUGUCAUCUUUUAAUAAGUUCAAAUCUAAAGAAUCUAAUUUAUUAAUUGCAACUGAUGUUGCCAGUAGAGGUCUUGAUAUUCCAUUUGUUGAUUUGGUAAUCAAUUUUGAUAUCCCUUAAAAUGCAAAAGAAUAUGUUCAUAGAGUAGGUAGAACUGCAAGAGCAGGAAAAUCUGGUAAGGCUAUUAGUUUAGUAACUUAAUAUGAUGUUGAAAUGUAUUAGAAAAUAGAAUAAUUAAUUGAAAAAGAAUUACCCUAAUAUACUUUGGAAGAAUCUGAUGUUAUGAUAUUCUAUGAAAGAGUUUAAGAAGCUAAUGUAAUAUUCUAUAUUAUUAAUUUAGAGAAUAGCUACUUAAGAAUUAAAAGAUUUAUUGGAAAAAAAAGUUAAAAAAACAGCAGUUGAUGAAGAUGAUUUAGAUGAUAAAAAGAUUAAAUAAAUUAAUAAGAAAAUAUAAAAGGAUUCUAAAUAAAAAAAGGCAGGGUUUAAGAAAAGAUUCAAAUUAGAUGUCUGA